CUUGCUAUCGCAUGAGAUGCUCAAUCCAAACUACUGUCUCUUCGAAUACGCCAACGAAAACCACACCACGCUCAAGAUCAACUCAAACUCCAGCAUCAACCCAGAGCAUCUGUCGUACUUCCACUUCAUCGGGCGGGUAGUGGGUAUGGCGGUGUUCCAUGGCAAGUUCAUAGACUGUGGGUUCACGCUACCGUUUUAUAAGAAAAUGCUCCGCAAACCACUGACACUCCAAGACAUGGAAGCGGUGGACCCAGAAUACUACCAGAGCCUCACCUGGCUAUUAGAGCAUGAUAUCGAUGAGUUGUACUUAGGAAUGACAUUCGCAGUCAACUACGACGCCUUUGGAGAACGACGCACGCACGAUCUCAAGGUUGGGAGGACUUCAUACGUUUGUGCAUAUUCCACGCCUGUGUACGUGUGGAUUUGCGAACUACCACUCUGGCUUUGUGUGUUGUUUGUGUGUGUGCACCUGUUGAUAUCGGCUGUCUCUACACCUUCACACAGCCUCGAUUACACAUCUCUUUCCAAAAGAUGUUACCUGAUCUGCGGGGUGCAAGAAAUCGAUGUCGAUGACUGGGAACGCAACACAAUCUACCGCUCCUUCACCCCCAACGCCAAACAGGUCCGAUGGUUCUGGCAGUUUGUGCGAGCUUCGGGUAGCGAAACACGGGCGCGGGUGCUGCAGUUUGUGACAGGAACGUGCCGUGUGCCUAUGGACGGCUUCAAAGGACUUCAGGGCAGCAACGACCUACAACUGUUUUGUAUUGAGAAAGUGGGCACGGAGGGAUGGCUCCCACGCGCCCAUACUUGCUUCAACCGAUUAGACUUGCCGCCGUACAAGAGCUACCAGCAGUUGUGUGACAAAAUCACCAUCGCCAUAGAAGAAACGGAAGGGUUUGGCCAAGAAUAGCACUAAGCACACCGAAUUAAACCUACUCCAAAGCAUAUGGCCUUAUUUUAUUGGUUGAAAUUAAACCUACUCCAAAGCAUAUGGCCUUAUUUCAUUUGGUUGUGUCCGUAUCCUCCAUUGUAGUGUAGCGGAUUGUGCAGCAAUGCAUGUUCGUGUAUUGGCGCUACUUUUAGAUCGAGGAUACCGCUGCUGAUUAAUAUCCUCAUGGACCUUUGAAGUGACGUUUGGUUUCGCACAAUUCAGUUGAUGAGCGAUUAAACUUCAGUGGUAUAGUUUGAUUGUUUACUGACAACCCACCCGAAAUACAGGUUUGCGCAUGUGAAAAGUCUCAACGGGAACUAAAUUAGUAACGAAAAUAUAAAUAUAAUGCGAAAUGCCGAUGUUGCUUCGUAUCAGUAUCAUCACCAGACACAAAAUUGUCUGAACCUCCGAACCUUAAUCCGCCAGGUGGCUCUGUAACGCAAAGUCUAGUUUUCUGGAGAAAGGAAAGUGGAUAAACCCUGAACCCUGUCCGUUUGCGAUUUGCGAGAGCUUUUUCAAUGCAAACACCAAUACUUUCUAUGUCUUUGUCUCAUGUAUUAUGAAUUGUGUUCAUUUGUUUGUCAAUUAUUAGUUCUUCAUGUUGACCUCCUAGCCUUCUCAAAAGAACACCAAUACUUUCUAGGUCUUUAUCUCGUGUAUUAUGCAUUGUGUUCAUUUGUUUGCCAAUUAUUAAUUCUUCAUGUUGUCCUCCUAAUUAUGAAUUGUGUUCAUUUGUUUGUCGCAUUGCCUCGUGAUGUAUGUCUCAUUGCCUCGUGGGAGCCAAAGAAGUAUUUGUAAUUGUUUAGUAUCUAUCUUGAGCAUCUGUUGGGAUGAUUGUGUCAGUUGUUCAACAAGUCCGACAGAUUCAAAUUUAGUCGACAAAAGAACUGCGCUGUCUGGGAUUUCCCAGUGCUUCUUUCUGUGUUCAAUUGCAGACGCAGUUGAAGAUUUUGAUUAUAUCGGACUUCUUGUGGAAUCUUAACCCCCAGUAAGUUAUCAUCAAUAUACUUCUCGAAACUUCAGGCAGCGAAGCUAUGCCAAGAGUUGUAAGGCCGCGCCACUUGUGUUGGUGCGAACAAGAUGUGUAAACUCAUAUCCAUUGUUCGUGUACGUUUCACGACGGGGGUUUCUAAAGGAAUGACUGUCGUAAAUACUCUAGGAAGUAUCAUCAUUGAGUGGUACAAAAAAUAUACAAAAAGCUGCGUCAUACAUACAGGCAGCUUUGCUGCAGACCAUGGAAACUAAGAUCUAGUUUUUUGGCGUAACCCAUUCUGUAUUCAAGCAGGGUCGUGCGAAGGCAUUCGCGCUUUGCCUUUGACCGAAAUAAUGGAACGAAGAUCCAAGACAGGAACAUGUGACAUGUGCGAUUUAGCGCAAAUGUUCACGCCUAUGCUACCAUUUAUAACAUAUCCUCCAACUGACAACCCAAAAUUUACGUGCUCUCGUUGUGAUGGGAAAUAUGGACACACUCCAAAUGUGGAAUUUAUAUAGACCAAAUGGUAUUAUACUGGCUACAGUGUCACAAAUUAUGUGACCCGCAUCCACGUCGAAUCAUACUUCAUUGAGACAGAAAUAGAACACGCACUACUUUCUGGAGAAGAUAUGACUCUAUUCCUGAAUCAUUUUUUGUUAGAAAAUACUAAUAUGAC